AUGCCGCCAACAGGUGCAACUGAAGAGACGGCCAAAACUGGGACAACAGCAUUGACAGCGGCAGUACCUCCAGCCGCAACAUCUGGAACAAAUUCUUCGCACGUCCAGUUUGCUCCUCCAGGCCCCAAGGAUCAGCACGGGAAAACAGUGCAAAAUCACACUCCUGCCGAUGUCCAUGUUCCCACUUUCUUUGGCGCAAUUGCAGGUACAGAUGGCCAGCCCUACGAGACUCUACGACACCGUGUUGUCAGAUCAUACAAACACCAUACAUGGCAGUACUGGUUGGUGGCCACGGUCUCGAAUGCACUCCUCUUUCUUCAAAUCGUCAUUGCUGCCUCUUUAACCGUGCUGGGGGCGUUCGACAGCGUCGCGGCUCGACGAGCCACCAUAGGCCUUGGAGCUGCCAACACGGUAAUUGCAGGCGUGAUAACCUAUUUCAAGUCUCGAAACCAACCCAAUCGAGCUCGACAGUUCCGAAACGAUCUGGCAAAGGUUGUCGAGCAACUCGACGAUGCCGAAGCUAAUUUUCGCGAUCCAACUUAUCCCGGUCAAGGCACUGAACACGAGGUCCUCGAACAGAUCAGAAAGGCGUACCGCGAUGCCAGAAACGACGCCGAAGCGAACUAUCCUGACUUUUGGGUCAAGUUGAACGACCCACCGAAACAACCUCCACCAGAUGCAGCAAAAGGUGCAGAUAAAACUGUACCCGCCUCUGAGGCUGGUCCUCCAGGUGGCUCGAAGAAUUCGCCGACAGUUGUCGCUGCUGCGCGCCCGCCCGCAAACAGCACAGUGUCGUCACCCAAGAAUACAGAGAAGACGGAUCAGACGAAGCACUAG